AUGGCAGAGAGACCCAAGGGAUACGGGAUGACGGCCGAGCUUGAAGAGAAAAAAGCGGCCAAGUACGACCCCGAGUUGGAAGCCGAAGCUCGAGACUGGAUGGAGAGAGUGACGGGCGACCGGCUUCCGGGCGGUUCCUUGCACGCGGCACUGAAAGACGGCGUCUACCUGUGCAAGCUGAUAAACAAGCUCCAGCCGGGCAGCGUCCCGAAGGUCAACUCGAGCAAAAUGGCGUUCAAGAUGAUGGAGAACAUUGGUAACUUUCUGUCCGCCUGCGAGAAAUACGGACUCAAGAAAACCGACCUCUUCCAGACGGUGGACCUGUACGAAGACCAACACAUGGUCCAAGUCGUUCUGGCUCUACACGCCUUGGGGAGGAAGGCCAAAACUAAGGGUAAACCGGGGAUCGGGCCCAAGGAGGCCACUGCCAAUAAACGCUCGUUCGAUGAAGGGACAAAGAGGGCAGGGCAGAGUGUCAUAGGGCUACAGAUGGGGACCAAUCGCGGUGCUCACAAGCCGGAAUGA